GUUUAGAGUUUCAGUUUUUAACUGUGCUCAUGGAAAUUGACUGGUCUUGUGUUCUGUACCUCCCCGAGAGCGGCUGCGGCAGCAUCAGCUAAGAUUCUUCAUCCUGAGAGGCUGCCGUGAUGGUUCAGUAAUACAGCCCGAGGAAAACCGGAACAUGAACAAGAUGUGGGGCUUUAUAUUUCUCUAUAUCCUGGGGCUAAACAUUUCUCAGGCAACUGGAGAAGACCCCUCAACACAAAUGUAUUAUGUCAAACUGAGAAUCGAUAAGAAUAACAUCGAACGCCUAAACAAUUGGCUGCCAUCUAGCCUGAGUAAUCCCACCUGGAAAGUUGACGAGUUUCAUCCCACAACAACCUGCAAAGACAUGGCGGGUAAAAGACAGUGUCACUGCGAGGCAGACCACAGAUGGACGGAUAAAGUGCGUCAGUCUAAUUCCAAGGGUUGUGCCGGCAACACGUGCACUUUCCCCGAAAAGUCUCACACGUGUGUUUCAAACAGCACAGUUAGACUCAGAGGAUCCAUUCGAAUACAGGGACCAGGGUAUCAUGAUUGUCUGAGAGACGAAAACUCACAGGAAUAUCAAAGUUGUCAUACCAAAUUGUUAAACAAGAUUCAAGAAGUCUACAGCACUUUGAAGGGAUUUGACUUUUUAAAUAUUACCAAAUACAGUUUUGGAAGCAUUGUCGCAGAUUUUGGAGUUACAAUCAGUAAAAGCAUGAGUCCACAAGACCUGAUCCAGAAAUCAGAGAACCUAAUCACAGCUCUGAACGCCUCACUCAAUCUGGAAACUAAAGGUGUUGUGAGUUUAACGAUGCCAGACAACCCUGUGAAGUACGACUCCCAGCAACAACUCUUAUGCACAUCGAAGGAGGAUCUGGGCACCACGGCAGUGUGGCGGCAGAAGAAAGACAAUAAAAAAGAAUAUCCCAUAACUAACGGCACAGAGGCAGACAUUACGUUCUCAACACGCUCGUCCACACUCACUCUCAAAAAGAUAUCAGCCACCUGGGAAGGAGAGUACACAUGUGUAUUCCUUCAAAAGAAAACAUCAUUAGACAUAACUCACAGUGCCAGAGCCGUAAUGGACGUAGCUCUCCUGCCAAACAUUUUCAUCACCGCAGUCCCAGAAUUUCCACGCUGUCUCAACAUAGAUGAUGUACUGAACGUAAGAAGCAAAUGUUUGAUUAGGGAGGACAAUGAAAACUACACCGUGACAUGGGCAGGUCCAACCAUGGAGGGGAAAAUUACUCCAUUAAAAGCCGAUUACUCCCCUGAAGAAGCUGUUCAUCAAGCUGAGGCAGCGGUCACCUGCCACCCAAGUGACCCGAACCUGAAACCGGAAAUAACGUGCACAUUUCACAACAGACUCAAUCAGUCGAGAAAAGUGUCAUUUGUUUUCAAUAUCAUAUACGUUGGAGACGGGUUCUGUGAAGCAGAAGGUGACUGGCGAGAAACCAAAGCUAACUUCACUUCAGUGCUACAGUGCAAGAACGCAGACGGACUAAGACAAAGAAAAUGCAGCAUUGAGUGUAUAUGGGAACCGGAGGAAGAAAAUUGUGUAAACAACGAUGUGUCAAGGUUGCUGCACUCUGCACAUGAUGUUGACAUCGGACUUGGCUCAUUAAAUGAAAAUGCUGCAUACGUAUUUGACCGCCUGAGAUAUGUCACAAAUAACUCAAUGGCUAUCAACACCGUGUCCAACGUGAAGGCAACGGUGGAAGUACUGGAUGUCUUAAGUGACAAGCAAGGGCUCAGGCUGAAUGGAUCAGGAGUGUAUGGCUUUCUGGAAUCAUCCAGCAACUUGAUGGAGAAGUCUCUUGAGAAAACAUGGAUCGAAAAAAAAGAUUAUGCAAAUGUGUCAAUGGCUGAGACAUAUAUACAUUCUGUUGAGAAAUUAAUGAAGGUGUCAAACAUUACGGCUAACAACAUUCAAAAAAAUAUAGAGCUGGCCACGUGUGAUAAAAAGCAGGGGUCUGGAUGUACCAACACCGCCUUCGGUGUCACUGUCGAUUUUGAUAGUUCAGACAAUGACAGCGUGGCAACAGCUGGAUUUAAAGAACUGCAGAAAUAUUUGCCCCAGAGUGAUGAGGAGUACGAGGUCAACAGCAUUGUUGUGAUGACAACCACUCAAAAGAAUCACUCGGGUUCAGUCGUGGUUAAAAUGAAUUUCCCGUUGAUCCGUCCAAGGCCUCGCAACGUAAAGAUAAAGUGUGUCUCAUGGGACUACGAGAAACAUCAAUGGUCAUCGCGUGGAUGUGAAUGGAUGGGUCCUGAUGAUGAUGGACACUGUGUUUGCAGCCAUUUGUCCUCAUUCGCCAUUUUAAUGGCUAGGUAUCCAAUAGUUCUCCCAGGGAUGAGUGAGUUAACCAUCAUUGGACUGUCUAUAUCAGUCAUGUCCUUAGUUAUUACUCUUGUGAUAGAAGUGAUCGUCUGGAGGGCUGUAGUUAAAAGCAGUACUCGAUAUCUACGGCACGUUGCGCAGGUAAACAUUUCUCUAUGUUUGCUAGUCGCAGAUCUCAGCUUUUUAGCAUCUUUCAAGCCAGAAAAUAUUUCCGAAAUCUGGUGUAAGGCCUUGGUGAUGUUGAAGCAUUUCUGUUACUUGUCCAUGUUCUUUUGGAUGUUUUGUCUGAGCAGCACGCUUCUUCAUCAAGCAGUUUUCCUGUUCCACAAGAUGAGCAAGAAGGUUUACCUGAGGUUCUACAUAAUCCUGGGCUACGCAUGUCCGCUGCUUAUCGUUUUGAUCACAUUCAUUGCUAGCAGCGGUGGUGCUGAGGGCGUGUACUUCACCAAAGAAUCCUGUUGGCUGGUUUAUAGUGGAUUUUUUAGUGGGUCCAUCUACACAUUUAUCAUACCAGUCGGUACAAUUGUUCUCGUCAACGUGAUCUCCAUGGGGGUGGUAAUCAUGAAGCUUUUGGGUCAACCUACGAAUGCAGGAAUCCCUGAUGACAGAUCUGCCGCCAAAUCGGUCAUGAGGACCGUUACUCUUCUGACUCCGAUCUUCGGUGUCACUUGGAUCUUUGGAUUUGGUGUAACUAUUCUCGACCUCUCAUCUGGAAUCGCAGCCCCUGUGGCCAACUAUGCCUUUAUCCUGCUGAACUCAUUUCAGGGUUUGUUUAUUUUGUUAACCACAUACCUGGGAGACAAUCUGACCCGUCAAGCACUGCUAAACCAUCUGAAAAAAAGGGCAUCCGUCAGUGACAGCUCCACCACGUUGGACUCAAAAUUGAGCAAGUGAAAAUCUUCGGGAUUACGUUUCCUCUCAAAUCACGACAAACUACACGAUCGAGCGUAGUUAGCUACAUUUAUCUUGAUGCACUUGUUUAGAUGUUUCAUUUGCUUUUAUUGCCUGCGAUACAAUUUUAAAGGAUAUUUCAAUAUUAGUAGAUACGUUUUUGACAGGAAAAGUUCCAAAGCUGUUUUAUAUGAUAAUACUGUAUGUUAUAUAUUUCUCACUGCACUGGGAAGUCACAGCAACACUCUCAACAGAAAGACUACAAGGAUGUGACUAAUGUCUGAAUGUUGUUACGUGACGUUGAGCUUGGCCAUCAUCUGAACGUUACUGUUACAGAUCCUCUCGCUUCAUUUUCUUUGCCGUGAUCUGCCCACUCCUCAUCUGUGUCGUCCAGUGAAAUCCCUUUCUCGGCCGCCAUCUUGCGGUAGGCCUGGCACUCGAUCUCGGCCCUGCAACACACGCAAAAAGGCCAACAUGUAAAAAGUCGUAUCAUAAAGUUAUUGGCCUGUGUGUGUGUUUAAAAGAACAGCUUACUUAAGGAAUGAAAGAUGGGAAAAUCAUGUAAACGUGGUUUGAAGGCUGAGAUACAAAACAAAAGAAGAGGAAAUGUUUUGAUACUUUUUAAGGAAUCGAACGCAGUCCUGGUGUCCAUAUAUUUGGGCCAUCCGCACUGGUUUGUCUCCACAGCAGUCCUCCUUGUCUAUGGGAGCGUGGUAGUAGUGCAGCAGCCGCAGCACAGCCAGUCAGCCGGACUCUGCAGCAAAGUGAGCAGGAGUCCAUCCGUGCUCCGUCCUCAGACUGGGCCUUGCUCCGUGCUCAAUGAGGAUCCUGACGGUUUCUGUGUCUCCUGUGGAAAAGCCAGCGAGGUGUGAUCUGAUGCACGUGUUUAAGAAUCUGUUGCUUUAUAAUCCAGCCUGAAAAAAACUAAUUCUCACUACUGCAAGAUGAGACUACGCAUAACAAACAAUAAAAAUAUUCUAGAUGAUCGGGGCGUCUUGGCUCAACAUUUGGUUUUACUUUAAACUGAAAUACUUCUUUUGAUGAAUUUAAUAUGCUUUAAAGGUAUAACAAAUUAUUUAAAUUAAGACAAAUGGAAAUAAACACAAAAUAAGAUAUAUGAUAGGUUCUUUUUUUACUUUAAUUUAUAAGCUUAUUGAAUUUGUGUUUUCUUGUUUUGUGUGAGCAUCAAAAACCUUUGGGAUUUUACAUUUCUUUACAAUUUACAUUUACCACAAUAUCUGGAUUUCUGAAUAGGGAACUAAUCUGCAGUGUUGUAUUUCGUUUGAUGUUGUCGGUGGUAGGUUGUAUGUGAAUAUUUUCAAUGUUAUUAUUUUAACAGUUGCAGAGCUUUGUAUUUAUGUUAUUGUUGAGCUCAAGCAAAAUAAUACUUUUUAAAGAGUUUAUAUAAUUUUAAAGGAAUAUAAUUGUAGAAAAUUU